UUGAUGGCGUAAGCACGCGACGGGCCAGCCCGGAUGGCUGGGGGCGAAGGCCGCCGACUACAGCAGGUGGACUGUCUUCCUUCCCUGAGGUGUAGACAGCUGGGCAUGGGCCUCCCGAGGCUUCGCCAUGAGCUUCCUGAUAGACUCCAGCAUCAUGGUCACCUCCCAGAUACUGUUUUUUGGAUUUGGGUGGCUUUUCUUCAUGCGCCAGUUGUUUAAGGACUAUGAGGUGCGCUAGUAUGUGGUGCAGGUGAUCUUCUCCGUGACUUUUGCAUUCUCGUGCACCAUGUUUGAGCUUAUCAUCUUUGAAAUCUUGGGAGUUCUGAACAGCAGCUCCCGUUAUUUUCACUGGAAAAUGAACCUGUGUGUAAUUCUGCUCAUCCUGGUUUUCAUGGUACCUUUCUACAUUGGUUAUUUUAUCGUGAGUAACAUCCAACUGUUGCACAAGCAGCGCCUGCUCUUUUCCUGUCUCCUGUGGCUGACCUUUAUGUAUUUCUUCUGGAAGCUGGGGGAUCCGUUUCCCAUCCUCAGCCCAAAGCAUGAACAGCUCAUCAGCCGGGUGGGCGUGAUCGGGGUGACGCUCAUGGCUCUGCUCUCCGGGUUUGGUGCUGUCAACUGCCCGUACACAUACAUGUCCUACUUCCUUAGGAACGUGACUGACACAGAUAUCCUUGCACUGGAACGGCGACUGUUGCAGACCAUGGACAUGAUCAUAAGCAAAAAGAAAAGGAUGGCCGUGGCACGGAGAACCAUGUUCCAAAGGGGGGAAGUACAGAACAAGCCUUCAGGACUCUGGGGCAUGCUGAAGAGCGUAACUGCGUCAGCCCCAGGAAGUGAAAAUCUGACUCUUAUUCAACAGGAAGUAGAUGCUCUGGAAGAACUAAGCAGGCAGCUCUUUCUGGAAACAGCUGAUCUGUAUGCUACUAAGGAAAGAAUCGAAUACUCCAAAACAUUCAAGGGGAAGUAUUUCAAUUUCCUGGGUUACUUUUUCUCUAUUUACUGUGUUUGGAAAAUUUUUAUGGCAACCAUCAAUAUUGUUCUUGAUCGAGUUGGGAAAACGGACCCUGUCACCAGAGGCAUUGAGAUCACUGUGAAUUACCUGGGGAUCCAGUUCGAUGUAAAGUUCUGGUCUCAGCACAUCUCCUUCAUUCUGGUUGGAAUAAUCAUUGUCAGCUCUAUCAGAGGACUGCUGAUCACUCUCACCAAGUUCUUUUAUGCCAUCUCCAGCAGUAAGUCCUCCAAUGUCAUUGUCCUGCUGUUAGCACAGAUAAUGGGCAUGUACUUCGUCUCUUCCGUGCUGCUGAUCCGAAUGAGCAUGCCCCCAGAAUACCGUACCAUCAUCACACAAGUCCUCGGAGAACUUCAAUUCAACUUCUACCACCGCUGGUUUGACGUCAUCUUCCUGGUCAGUGCCCUCUCCAGCAUACUGUUCCUCUACCUGGCUCACAAGCAGGCACCAGAGAAGCACAUGGCACCCUGACCUCAUACCCACUGCAGACUGUGAGGCUCAAUGGGUAGUACCUGUACCAGGGCCUUAAAUUCUUUAAACAGAGGAGCCGCUGGGGCCGUUUAUUCUGCCUGCAGUACAUGCCUUCUUCCUCCCACAAUACUGAAGUCAUAAGGAGCUUCGAAUAAGGCGCAAGAGGGCGAAAUCCCCACAGCAUUCAGCAGGGGUCAGAAGCUAUGAAAUGAGGAGGGUGAGGGUCAGGGCCUGAGGACACCCUGGUGCUCCUGAGUAGGUGACUUCCCUUGAAAAUUUUAGUAAAGUCAGAGUUUUAACACUGUGGCAUUGGGUUUGCUUAUCAAGCCCGGCUUGGUGUGCUGUUGUGGUGGUCUAAUGUAAAACGCAUCCCUCCCAGCCCAGUGGUGGUGGUGGUGGUGCACGCCUUUAGUCCCAGCACACAGGAGGCAGAGGCAGGCGGAUCUCUGAGUUCUUGUAGACCAGCCUGGUCUACAAGAGCUAGUUCCAGGACAACCUCCAAAGCCACAGAGAAACCCUGUCUCAAAAAAAAUCCCUCUCUCCUCACCCAACUUUACCUCAUAAAAAUAACCAAAAGGUUAUCUGUUCUUUUCUGGGAUGAUAGGCAUCUGAAACAGAUUUUACCAAGAUUUUAAGUGUGUCCUUUUAUUUCCUUUUAAAUUAGUAGAGUGAAUGCCCUACACUAAUCCAGCAGUGCGGUCUGGCUGUCUCCCUCUGCCUCUUGUGUUGUGGGAUGAGACAGUGAGUAGCUGUUAUCUGUUCAACAAGCCCUCUCCUGUUCUGGAACACAAGCUCUUGUUUAUAAAAGGAAGGUGUUUUUUAUUAUGCAAAUGCAAUAUAAGAAAAUUCUGAAAUAUAUUGCCUGGAAGUCUCCUUUCAUCA